GCACCAAGAGUGGCCUCAUUUUCGGAAACAGAAUGUUCAAAAUCGAGUACAUCACGCCCAUCAUCCUGAGCUAUGUGGAGAAGUACGUGAAGAACAUCCGGCAAGAUUCGCAGGUGUCGCUAUGGGGCGGGGGAAGUGUGUUCCAGAAUCUGGACCUGAAGCUGGACGUGCUGGAGGAGGAGCUGUCGUUGCCGUUCCAGUUCCUGUCCGGGCACAUCCACGAGCUGGCCAUUCGGGUGCCGUGGACGAAGAUUGCCUCGGAACCGAUCGUGAUCACGAUCAAUACGAUUGAGUUCGUACUGAAGCUGCAAGAACCAGGGAAUCGAUCCGCUCCUCGGAAGGAUGCCUCCAAGAAGGGCAAAAAUUCGGAGGAAGCCCCACCGGGUUACAUGGCCUCGCUGAUCAAUCGAAUCGCCAAUAACAUCACCAUCCGUUGUCACAACGUGAUCCUGAAGUACGUCGAGGAGGACAUCGUGGUGUCAAUGAACAUCCAGCAGCUCUCGAUGGAAUCGGCCGAUGGCAAGUGGAAUCCGGCGUUUAUCGACAUCUCGCCGACGAGGAUUUCCCUGCGCAAGUUGAUCAACAUCGUGGAUCUUACCAUCUGUCUGGACAAGCGCAAUUCGGCGGGGAAGAUUGAAGUGUGCCAGGAACCGGUUCUCUAUCGGAGUACGCUGCAGGCCCGGGUGCUGAUGAAGUACAGUAACGUUCCGACGCAGGACAGGUCCUCCAUCACUCGGAUCGAUAUCCAUAGUAAGUUUCUGGACUUCAACGUUUCGUCGCAGCAGUUUCCGAUGCUGAUGCGGUUGUUUGAGCUCGGAAUGGCACUGAAGCAAGGCAAGAUCAAAAGCGAGAUUGCCCUCGUGCAGGAAUCUGGAGCGGAAGGUGAAGGGGAGACCGGGCAGGAAUCGCUGCUGUCGUGGGCGUGGAAUUUGCUGCCUUCGUUCUUUCCGGAGGAGAACGAGAGUGAUCAUACGGAGGAUCACGAGUUUCAUGUGUUUCAUGCCGGGUACUACGUGGAUCGGAUGCGGAUGAUUUUCAAGACGCAGGAGUUCGUGGGGGACAGUGUGGUCGGAACGGCCAGAAAGAUCAAGUACAAUCCUUUCUUGCAGCUGGAUUUUGAUGGAGUACAUGGAGAGGUGGUGAUCUGCGGUUUGAAGUGGUUCAAUGUUUCUGGGGGGAUUGCUAGGAUAGGGCUUCAAGCCUUAGACGAUUGUCCUUGCGGACAACCUCUGACAAUUCGGGAGAUUUUCCAGAGUGAGGCACAGCUGUCGCGAGACGAACAUAUCAAGGGUUCAUUCUUUGACGACAGCUCCGGAGAGAGUCGUAAGUACAAUGUCAACUGGAACUAUCAUCUUGGGACGUACAGUCAGGAUGUGCUUUUGGGUAAAUCUCCUGCUAUAGCUAUGGAUAUUGUCCACGAAGUGCAGAUUCCGGAUGAUCGGAAAACUUCAGAUUUCGGAAGUGAUCUAGAGUUCAGUAAUCUGUCGGAAAAGUACAUGAUUCGGGCGUUUUUCGGUAAGUUCCGGCUAAAAUUCGGUGCUGAUACUCUUCAUCGGCUGAAAACGUUGAUUUCGUAUAAGGAUGCCUAUGAGUAUUCUCCGUACUACGAAGAAAAGCCUAUUCCUAGUUUAAAUCAGCUACUUCCGCCAUCUGCGGAGGAUUACGACGCUCUGAUGAACGAAAUACCAUUGAAACAAGUUCACAUCACGAUCAUUACCCCUACUCUGGAACUGUUCCCUUUUGAUCAUGGCAAAUUCCAGCUUGGGAGGAAGCGUAGCUCCAGUAAGUUCUCCCAAAAUGGUCAGAUGAUCCCUUACUUAUCGGUAGUCUUCAAUCGGGUCGAGUGCAACAUCCUAACGCCUCUCUACCCCAACCGACUGAUCUUCACAACUUGCCAACUGCCGGAACCACCGUCCAAGCUGUUCGACAGCUGCUUCCAUUCCAUUUCCGGAAAUCUGGAACGCCUCCAAAUCAAACUACACCACAACGAUUCAGAACUGCUCAUUGCCACGGCUAUCAACCUCAAUCACCAGCAUCGAUUCCUCAUUUUCCCGGAACUGUGGCCCAACUCGGAACUCAACAAAAUUGAGCACAACUACGGCAUUUCCGACCUCAAGUUGCUUCUCAGCCCUCCGCAAACCUCAGCCGCAUGGUCCAUCUUCCAGACACUCUCCACCCAAACUGCCUUCUUUCAUCCGUCCGCAGAAAUCCUUUCGAACCUCUUCAAUACCGCAAUGCCAACCCUGGACCUCACAAUAUCCCAAGUUCAUCUCCGGCAAAUCUUCUCAGAGUGCACUAUGUCCCUCAAACUGACCUCCCGCAGCCUCCGCUGUCUCUCCUACAUUCCCAGUACUUCGGCUACUCAACGUUCCCUCACUGCCCUCUGGCCGGAUCACCCCACCGAUGAAGACUUCCUCACCAUCAUCGUCCAACUUCCGAUCGAUCAUCAACUGACCUCUCUUGAGCAUCCUCCUCUCUUCUACGGACGCUUCCUCGAUCUCAGUCUCAACUUCGAUCCCACCCUCUAUGAAUUCCUCCGCAUCCUCCCGGCAAACCUAGCCGCCUGUCAGGAUGACCCCCUAGCUCGGACCCACGCCCGCCACUCCCUAAGCCCGCGGAAAUCGGUCGAACGCAUGCUGCCGAAGAAAGCCACCCAGCCCAUCACCUCGGUCCACUCCAGUUCGGACAAGGUCGACACGCAACCUCCGCCGGCGUUGACUCCCCUUCCGCCGAAGGUGGGAUCAACCGUCGCCGAAGAUGACACCGAGAAAGACGAAGCGGUACCGCAGGAGAGCACAGAAGCGCUCGUCGGAGUGGAGUUUUGGAAGCAGCUGUCCCGUAGGAUCAUCUUCCAUCUGGAGCUGCGGCACUGCACCGUGUACUUUCCGCAGCGCAACAUCGAACACGAGCCGAUCGGAGGCAGGAGGCCACCACCCGAGGAAGAGUUCGGAGACAAUGAGAUCGUCAUGCUGAAGCUUCCACUCAUUACGAUCAAUUCGGCAUUAAAAUCGACAAGCCUGUCCGCCAACAUCAACCGGUUUCCCAUCAGCCUGGCCAAGUCUGUGUGGCCAGACGACAAAGAAAGCUUCCCGUGGACCAUCUCGCUGGCCAACACAUCCAGCUGGACCUACCAGAACCGGCAGAUGAACAAACUGCUCGACGAAACGACCACCAACAUAUCGCUGGUGCUGAACUUCAAGGAAGAUGGCACAGCUUCCUCCGCAUGCUUCCACGUGGACACCUCGCCGCUCAAGGUAAACUUGUUCCAGGAACAGCUGGCACUUCUCAACGUCACACUGAAUAGACUGUUGUCCCUACCGAUGGUUCGAGCUCGUAGCGACUCAAAUGGAAAAUCACGUGAGCCACAGAUUUUGGAGAUCUCCCAGAAAUCCAGCAGCGCCGCAACGGCAACUGAUUUGAAGGAGUUCUUGGAUAUGACCCACAACUCCAGUAGGGCUUCCGAGGAAACCCUAAAGGAAUCAGGCAAAAAGGAAGCUCUUCCCAUUUCCGUUUGGCUGCAGUGGACCUUUUCAAAGGUGACAGUCAAUUGUAUCGGAAAGGACGAAGUCGGCCAGAUGAAAAUACGACUUGCUAUCGAAUUGGAGGACAUCAUCUACAGCUUGGACAUGCAAGACGUGUAUCUGCAAAUCAAGGCCAAAGUCGGUGGCAUGAGCGUCCAGUGCUACGAAUUCGACGUCGACAAAGGAGCUUGGGCCAAGAAUGAGGCGCUGGCAUUGACAGUGCAAACUGACUCAGGCGGUUCAAGCAAAUCCGCCAACGAUACAUUCCUCAACCUAACCUUGACGAAGGCAGAAACCCAAAACGUACAUACCAAAUGGGACACGGUUCGAAAGAAUCGAGAACAUAACGACACCCUCAUCGAAGUCAUCGCCAAAGUAGAGCAAAUCGAUCUACGACUAGACCUGGAUCUGCUGGAACAAUGCUUAGAUGUUCUAACGAUUUUCCAAAAACAAGACGAGCCCGAGCCUCCUCAGAAAGUGUUCGGCGUGAGAGAUCUCCCCCUGAUUCUGUUCUCCAGCAAAGGACUUCGCUUGUUUAUUCCUCUCAGAGAUUGCUCCGAUCGCUGCAACGCCUACAUCUUCAAGAUCAAUUCCAUCACCAUGCAUCACAACGUGGAGAACCCCAUCUGUCGGGUUCCUUUGCGUCCCGACGUCUACACCAAGGCUGCCCAGAUGCGAAUCCUCAACGUCCCGGGGUCCAAAAUCGAAGAUCGCCAGUACGAAGUCCUGCUGAAGGAGAUCUCGCUCAGUACGGCCUGUUGGUCAGACAUCCUGGCGUAUAUCCAAGAUCAAACCUCGGCCACCACCCACCACGACAAUCCGGCCUUCGAAUGGAACAAUCUUCAAGAUGUCCAACGAUCGUCCGACUUCGAAGUCAACACGAUUUUCAAAGAGUUCAACUUCUCCGUCAUCUACGCUCCCUGCAUAAUCUACAAAAAUGUUCUCAUCUGCAGCCAAGCCAUGGAGCUGAACUGCAUGUCCGAUCUUCUCAUGGACCUGGACUUGGAUCAACUACGCCUGGCUGGCAAUAUCUCCCGCAAAAUCAGCAGCAUUCUGCAAGUGAUCAGUCCUUUCCGACAUGGCAGUUCCUCCUCGAACAGCAGUGUGGUCGAGUUCAACCCUGCCCUAUUCAGCAGACAAAUCAGUCAAGAUGCUAUCAGCAUCGACUCCGUGAGGUCGCUGCGAGACUCCGAGUUACCACGAACUCGUCGAAGCUUUUCCAAACUCUCUCGCUUUGAGGAGGACUCCGGUGUGGAAUCGUACAGAGCGUCGGACACGAAGCAGGCAACUUCGAGUGGUAGAAGAAGCAUUGGAGGAGGAUCUCGCCAGAGAAAGAUCUCCAGCCGGUCUUCCGAGCAGAUGUUGAAAACUUCCCUUGGUCCUUCCGCGGAAAAUCAGGUCAUUCCCUACGAAGUCUGCUUCCUAGGCGGUUACUUCAAAGUUAAUCUGCAUGAUAGAAAAUCAACGGAUCAAGAUUCUAAAGUCCUGUUCCGGAUGGUGAUGGCUCAACCGAAUGGAUUACUAUCCCUAAAUCUUCUAGAAAGGGUCGUUCAACUAUCCCUGUUCGACUUGAUCAUCGACCUCGAUGAGCUAUCGCUGCUAAAAACGCUUCCCGGAGAGCCGGACGAUCUUGGCAUACCGCAACCGAUUAUCAAGACCCGUUUCGUAAACAGCACGGCCAAGAAGAACAACGAACUGAGCGUGGAGUUCAAAAGACCGAUCAAGUUUACGGUCUCGCACCAGAAAUUGAAGGUCCUGCAAGAUCUUGGCGAUAUUCUGGUUGGGACCAUGGGUGCACCACAAGCAACCGAUCGACCUCAGCGGAGCCUGAGGAAACUCCCCAAACCCAUACUGAGCCGGAAUAAAUUCAAAAUGAUCAAGUCCAACAUGUACGACGUCGAAAAGGUCAGCGUAAGACUGUCCCAGACGAUGAUCCACCUUCUGGACGAAGAUCACCAAACGUACAACUGCAAACUAUCAUUUUCUGCCAUUCAAUCGACAUUACGAGUGCAAGAGCGACCGGCUCGCAUGUCGUUCAAUCUGGACCUGGAAGAACUGGUCUUCUGCCAAGCUUCGUUCGUGAUCGUGCAUCCAUUUUCAUUCAAUCUGCAAGCGACCUUGACCCAGGAAUAUUGGAAACGCGAUCCGUUGAUCCAAGUUAAGCUGCAUUCGAGUUAUCUUCAGCUGGAUUUCAAUCCGAACAAUCUGCAGGAAGUCCAGAGUAUGUCGGAACUCUUCAAUCAAGUACUAGGUGCAAAGUCUUCGGAAGAAACCGCCAGCAGAACUUCGGUAUCUGCCAGUGCCAAUAUGACGCCAAGUCGGGAGAAUCUGAUUCCUCUGUCGGCGCCGGGAUUCUCCCGAAGGGACUCCAAGGGAGUUCAGGAGGAGCACUACCAAGAUGAUCUCCGGGCCGGGGCGUUUCAAUUUAUCGAGUCCAGUCGAAGUAACGAGUUGCCACUGCCGUACCAGAUUAAGAUCAUCAACCGCGAUCAGGGAAUCAUCUGCUGGCGAUAUCCUCAACCUAGGGCGCUGUACAAUGUGACCGUGUAUCCGGUGCCGAUGAGCACCAACAAACCCCUGAAGAUUCAAUGCAAGCUGGAGUACUACUCGGAGAUCUACAGCGACUUUUUUGAGUUGUGCGACUUUACGUUGUGCGAGAACGAGAAGGUCAUGUUGAAGCUGCCCUCACGCAAGAUCGCCUCGUCCAUCUGGAGGAUCGUCAUGACGCAGAAUGUCAUCUACGAAGGCGGUGGCAGUGACGAAUCCAGCGGCGAAACGGACUCCACCGAGCAUGGCAAAUCUCUCAUCUCGAACAUUACCGACGUUCUGAAGGACACUUACUUGUCGACGGGUCGCAUCGUAAGUCUUCCAUAUCGACUGCACCCGAAGAUCUUCGUGGCUUGCAUGCGGGUUGAUUCGAUGUUCAACCCGAACCUCAUCCCGAACGUCGAAUGCACCGUAGAGCUUCGACCCGUCCAGAUCAAUUUGUUCAACGUGACGAACUUUUCGAUGGAUUCGAAACUUCCGAAACCCUUUGAAAGCUAUCGACUUUGCAAGGAAACCAUAGGAGCCAAGAAUCACAAGUUUCUGAUGCUCAACUCUAGCCACUUGCGGAUUCGCACGGCUAUCUACGACAACUUUGACGUACUGCUCAGUGGAGAGUUGAACCUGCACUGCGAUCUCCUGGACUAUAGUCACUACACAUUCGAGAACAUUUUGGAGUUGGUCAACUUGAAAGUCAUCGCUUCGAUCGAGGAAGACUCGUUGGAACUGAAGACGAUAUCGGAUGACAUACUGGUGCGUUAUGGGCCUUCAGUGGGAUACAACUUGAUAGUGGCGGAAAGAUUCUGGAACUCCAAGGAAGGUUCGGUGUUGAUGUACGGAAAGUACAUCGUUUGCAAUCACACUCACGUUGGGUUGAAAUUCGGUCAGUACGACACCGGGGAGGCGAUCUUCGUGGGUACCCACGAGCUGUGCCUGUACGUAUUCAAAAGUUGUCGUCAUGCCCAGGUUCUGCAGUUGACGUUCAAUGAGAACACAAAAGAUAUCUGCACCGAACCGUUUUCCGUUGCGAAGGAAGGCUUGUUCUAUGUGAGAGUUCUUCCGAUUUUCGAAGAAGACGUUGAAGACGAAAAGCUGUUCGUGGUAAGGAUCGAGAACCUUAGCAACGCUCAGAAACGUAUCACCAUUGAAGGGCAGAUAAAUUUCUUUAACAUGACGACGCAGCGGCUGAAGAUUCAGUACAAGUUUUACAAGGUGAUUCCGAACAGCGAGAAACAUUACGUGUCCACGAGCUUCUUAAUCGAUGGCGGUUCCAAUGCGAACGUAUUCGGCGCGGCGAACAACAAGAAUCAGCAGAGCUUCAAGAUCUCGAUCGACGGUGAGAAGAAAGGCUGGUCUGGAGACAUUCCGAUGCGGGAGAUUAUGAACGGUUCGAAGCCCUAUUUGGUGAAGAUUCCGACGGAGAUCGUCAAGGAGGGAUUCCUCAGCUAUUGGGUACGAAUCAUCCGGGAGAGGAUCGGCGAGAAUGCGGAACUUAAGGAUGCCUUCAACGAGCGGGUUCUGGUGGUCAUUUGGCCGCUUUUUAUGGUGCAAUCGAUGCUAACGGUCAACACCACUGCGUACGAGGAGAAGAUCGAUCAGACCUUCUCAAUCUACGGUCAGGGCGAACGGAGACAACUCGUCGUCUCUGGCACAAAUGCUGAUGAGCAUGAGCUGCAAUUCCGGAUGAACUUCAACGCCCUUCACGGAGAAGACAAGCGAAAGGCCCUACUGUCGUAUCGGUUGAUCGACGGGCGAUCAUUCUUCCAAGUUCCGGAUCGGUUCAAAACGGUUGAAAGCGCCAUUGAAAUGCUACAAAAGAACCACACCCUGAAUUGGCCUUGCUCCCGAGAGGACGAACUCCGCUGGAAGCGUGAGAACUCCAUCCAAGAAGCAACCCUCCCACUGUAUCACUGUUCGGCAGCACAUGAACUAUCUUGCUGUCUUAUGCUGAGUAUCGCCCCAUGGUGCUUGUUCAUCAAUCAACUGGGCUGCCAAGUGCGAAUCAAGAACUAUACAACCAACGAGCAGAACAUCGUAGAACCGAAUAAUAUCCUGAUGCCACAAUACAUCGAAGUCGGGUUCACUCUGGAACUAGACGUUGGCAUGCAGCUGGAAUCCGAACUGAUCUAUCUGAACGGAGAGUUCAAAAAGCAGGCACCCAACAGCUACGUUCUACCGGUGGAGGGUUCGAUCGAAAUCAACUUGCGAUCCGAGAAUGGGGUAAGUAAAACUAUAUUAUUCCUAAUUUCUAAUUACAUUUUGCCCUUAACCUGGACGUCCGGUUUCACGGCCGCGACCGCUUCCUGGAAGACUUGAAGAACUCGAUCCACCCGUUCGGUGGUAGCGUUCUGUCCCAUCAAACCAAUUCGGAACACCUGCCCGGCUGUGGGCCCUAAACCUCCGCUGAUUUCCACCAAAUA